ACACAAAAAACCAGCUCCCCGAAACAGCAGAGCAUUCAAAGCAAAAGCCCGAGAAGGUAAAUUCUAUGUCUAAAAGACCCUAAAACGCCUCCUUAAUAGAAAAAGCAGUGGUUGAGUGGGUCACCCAGGACCAUAAAAAUGUGAAAUCUGAGGAUAUCAAGUACCUGAUUCCUUCCUUCAAAGUAAUGGAACGGGUGUCCAAAUAAGAUCAAUUUCAAAAGCAGAAUAGCCGAGGACAAGCUUAGCAAGAAGUUCUACAACACUGGCUAUAAUAAGGACGAGAAGUGGUUGGACACUCAGAUUUGGAACCAAAAGAAAAUAAAAUAAAGUCCAAGCCAAGUUCAAAAGGACUGGAGGGUUCGAGUUCAAAUAAGGUCAUGAACCAGCUCAACAAAUAUUUCAGCAAAUAGGGUCAAUGUUAAGGUCGAACAUAUCCAUAAGAAUGCUGAAGACUGCAAGGUAGAGAAAUAGAAUCAAAAGUCCCCUACCACCAGCUUUGUUGAAUAAAUUUACUAAGAGAAAGCGAAGAAAUCGUAAUUUGAAUAACACUAUUCGCAGUGAAGGAUUUUAUGGUUCGGAAGAUAUCAGUGAAUCAAUGAUUUCUCGUUCAGGCAUCAACGAUGAAAGCAACAAAGACAUAGUUGGAUUUACUAGAAAUACCAAAAGAAACUUCUUCAAACAUAAUUUUCCUCCAUUAAGCAAUAUAUCAUACUACUGAAACCAAAAAUUUGACAUGGAAAGGUACUUCUCGCCGCAGCCAAGAAGCCGGCCUCCGCUUGUAUCGAAGCUGAGCGCUUGGGAAGCCUAAGUUU